UCCAAAGACAACGUGCGGUAAUACUUUCCCUCAGUUUCUCUUAAUCUAGCUAUAGCUCGAGCAAACCAGCAGCUUCAAGAAGGGCGUGGCUGACUCUGUUCUCUUAUGCUGAUCAUGGAUAUGCAGGUACCUGACCGACAGCGACCGCCAGGAAGAAGAUGAGCCGUGCCAACGGCGGGAGGGGGGCGCGGCGCCUGGACCUGAAGCUGAACCUGUCGCUGCCGGCGCGCGGCGACUCGUCAGCAGCGUCGAGGAGGAUUCUGGCGGCGCCGGCGGACGAGGAGUCGUCGCCGAGCUCGUGCGUGUCGUCGGAGAGCGAGCAGCACGGCGGUGGCGGCGCUUUGCAGUGGUCGGACAGCCCGGAAGCGACGUCGAUGGUGCUUGCGGCCUGCCCGCGAUGCUUCAUCUACGUCAUGCACGCGGAGGCCGACCCGCGGUGCCCCAAGUGCCGCUGCCCCGUCAUCCUCGACUUCCUGCACGGCGGCAGCGGCAACGGCAACGGUAACGAGGACGAUGAGAGCAACAACCGCAACCGCCGCGGCAGGAGGAAUAGGAAGGAAUGA